CAGCAGUCACUGAGACAGCUAUGGCAAUGUUAAUGUUACUCCAAGAUAUGAAGAUGGAGAAAAGGUGGCCUUCCUGUGUGUUUUGUUUGUUCAUCCUAACGCAUCAUGUUGAUGGUCAGCUUGAAGGCACCAUUAUCAAGACAGAAGCAGUCCAUGCUCUCCCUGGCAGUGAUGUGACUCUUAUGUGCAGCAUCCUGAAUGGAAAUAGCAUCUCUGUGACACAAACACAAUGGUCAAAGGUCGAUGAUACGCCGCCCAGUAGAAUAGCUGUAUCUCACCCUGUAUAUGGCAUUACGUACUUACCUUUUUCUAAGACUUCUUAUAACUAUUCAGUGGUUUUCAGAAAGACCCACCAUUGCUGGGCAGACUUCAACCAGACUUCGAUUUCCCAUGAUGCCAGAGCAAAUCCUGUGGAAUGCUAUCAAUGGAUUCUACAUUUGAGUAAUGUUAGUCUCUCACUCACUGGGCGGUAUGAGUGUAGCUUUGCUACCUACCCUUAUGGGACACAGGUUGCAGAAAUUAAUCUUAUUAUCAAGGCAGAAGAUGAAAAGCAUUAUGUGGUGGCAGAAGUACUAUUAAACCAAACAUUGGAAAUUCCGUGUUUUGAGAAUAUAACUUCCGUAAAUUGGUCCAAGUAUCCUUUGAAAUGGCUAAUAGCGGAAAAUGGACAUGAAGAAACAACUCUUACAAUCAAAGAGUUCUACCACCAGGAUGUGAGUAAGACUAUUAACCUAUUGUACAAGGAAAGAAUUCAGCUAGGUGCAAACAAUGAACUAAAGAUUUCCCCAGUAAAAAUUAAUGAUGACAACAAGGUGUUCUCUUGCUAUGUGAAGUACCAUCCUGAAAGAAUACUGGCAAGCACCACCAAAGUGAAAGUAUUUGCCAAACCAGAAAUCUCCAUUGCUCUCCAAAAUCGUUCCAAUGGCACUGUGGGAGAGGCUAGUCUUACCUGUAUUGUAAGGAAGGCAUUUCCCAAGCCAAACCUCACAUGGUACGCAGAUGGAGAGAUUCUUAACGACCAGUUGGAAGAAACAUCUGUUGAAGCUGAAAAUCUAAAAGACGGUGAAGGUUUAUAUGAAUUGAGAUCAAUACUGAAGAUACAAAGUACAAACCAGUCAUCCACUAAUCAAACAUUUUGGUGUAUGUGUAGUUUUCCCUUCCUGGGGAAUAAAACCUGGAAUAUUUCAUCUGAAGAAAUUAUAGUUUCUUCUGGCCAUGUACAUAACAAAGUGCCAUUUCCAGCUUUUACAACCACAACUACAAAAGAUCAUGAAAUUUCAACAUUUCCAUCAACAACCAUGGCUAUCACAGAACUUCCAAGUGUAUCUUCAACUUCCCUAACCUUCACAAGUCCAGUAACCUCCAAGCCUGUUUCCACUGCACAAAGCCAGUUUGAUUCUACCACAGACAUAGUACGUUAUACCAAUGCCACAGCUUCCAGUGAGAGUGAAACAUCACAGCGGUUGAGUGAUUCUACUACAGUAGCCCAAUACAGCAACGUGAACACAACCCUCUCCAGGGAAAAUGUAACCCUGCCACACCGCACCCUAUCUUCCAACACAAUUGUUGAUCCAGUUUCAUUUACUAAUCUCAGUGGUUUAUCGACUAUAAGGAAUUUGGCUAAUGGUACAGGUACCAAGGUGAAACCAGAGAAUGUUCAUUUCUCCUGGCCAGCAGUUGUAGCAAUCUUGCUUCUGUUAUGCUCUUUUCUAAUCCUUUUAGGAAUCAGAAAAUGGUGUCUGUACCAAAAAGAAAUUAUGAACAGACCUCCAUCUUUCAAGCCCCCGCCACCUCCAAUAAAGUAUGCAUCCAUGAUAGAAUCUGAUGGAACUACCCAAUCCUGCCAUGAACUGGAAACUUUGUAAUGUUUCUUGGAGUCUUCCUGAACAGUCUUCAAAGAAUAUUAAAUCUUGUCACCCCGUAAGCCUUUUAAGAUGCAGGUUGCUGGAGUUCAGUAUGAAUGACCUAUAUUCAAAGUCAAACUUCUACACCGACAAUGUCAAAAGCAAAGCACUCCAGUGUACGCUUUUUCAUCCGUUCCUCUGACAGACUGAAGUCUAACUGAAGCAUGUUGAAGUUUACAGGUGCUCAGCUUGGAUUGGGUGAUCAGAUGGGACUAUGCUGUCUUAAUAAUGGGAGUAGAUUAGCACAUGUGUCACUUUAUUAAUCUUCCUAGGAAAAAUGUUGAAGCCGUUUCUUUUAGUAUGCCUAUAAUGAUGAUCACUUUAAGUAUAUGGCAGACAUAAUUACUCCACAGUCUUAGUGAUACUUUGGAAGCUUUCUGACACAUGCAUGAGCAGUUUUUUAAAAUUAUAAUCUUUCUUACUAUACAAAUACUGAUAUAUGGUAAGGUUAGCCAAUGCUAACCUUUAAAGAGCAGGAGCAUUCAUUGUAGGUCAAUUGUCCACAUAUAUCAGUGGCAUCUAAUGAGGACUCACCUGGAAAGGCUGAAGGGAAAGGAGGCUGCCGUUUUCCUCUGACGUAAACAGCUAAGAGCACCUGGCUGCGUAUCUUGAAUCUGCCAGACCAAGAAGAAGUCAGGCUAUCCUGCAUGUCAUCUUGAGUGGGAGACUAAAGGACUGAAAUGCAUAACCAUCCAAAGGGGGGAUGAUAUUGAAACAGUGACUGUUUCCAAGGAGAAUAGCAAUUGUUCAAAGGUAAAAAUAUUUUCUGAGGUAUAUUUUUAUUGUAUAUCAAAUAUAUUGACCUCAGUAGAUAAAAAAGAACACCGUUCUUCAUUUCUCACUCUUCAUUUGUAAAUGUGAGCUGAGAGAAUCCUGUUGAGAACGGGUUUAGUUCUUGGCAUUUGCAAAAUAUAUCUUAAUAUUGAAGUCAACUUUCAGGCAUGUACGAAAUCAAUCUUCAACUAGGAGCAGUACAAUUAAUGUAAAGAAAUACCAUCAUGAUAAAGGUUUGUUUCACAAGGAGCCAAAAUUCAGACAUGAUGUGUUGGUUUCGUAAUGGAAUAAGAGCACUUUCUGCAAUAGAAGUGUUGUGGAGUUUACAAAUGCUACUGUAUUCUUCUUGGCACAGAAAAGGGAUCACCUUUUCCAGGACUGAAAUGUAUCUACAUCAAGUGUGAAACAUAUAUGAUUAACUGCACUGAGCCAUUCAUAUAAAGUACAAGACAAAACAAAG